AUGUCGACUCACAAGCGCGGCGGCGCCUUCAAUCACUACGGCGACCGCAAUCAGCAAUUCAGCAAGAAGCCGCGGCCGUCACCCCCGCCACACCAGCCUGCCCUCUCGGCGACAGACAUGCAGACAGGCCUCGUCGCGCUGCUGGAUAGAUUCGUAGCCGCCGAAACCAAGCCCGACGGCGACAAGAGCAUCCUACACCACGCAACCGAGCUGCGCCGCCUCGUGUCCCAGCGCACCCACAGCAACCCAUCCGCCCAGGCGAAGCGCGAGCUCGACGUCAAGCGCCCCGACCACGUGCCCAACGUCACUAUCCCGGACUACAUCUACCGCAAAGUCACCGAAGCAAAAGAGCUGCCCGCGCUGCCGCUCAUCUCAGAGCCGCACCUCCACGAAGCCGUCUUCACCCACCGCACCUUCCACGACCCGUCCGGCCAGUUCGGCGCCCCCAUCGACCUCUCCCUCGACUACGAGCGCCUCGAGUUCCUCGGCGACGCCUACAUCGAACUAAUCGCCUCGCGCGCCCUCUACAACCGCUUCCCACAAGUCGACGUCCCACAACUCUGCUCCUGGCGCGAACGCCUGGUCGAGAACUCGGCGCUGGGCAAAUUCUCCGAAGCAUACGGUUUCCCCGACCGCCUAAAGCGACACGCACACUGGGACAAAGAGUCCAAAUCCUGGAAAAAAAUAGUCGCCGAUAUCUUCGAAGCCUACGUCGCUGCCCUCGUCCUCUCAGAUCCCACCCACGGCUUCCGCACAGCAGAAACCUGGCUCGACACCCUCUGGGCCCCGCAACUCCUCGCCUUCAGGGAGAAAAUCAUAGAGAACCCGCGCGCGCGCGACGACCUGCAGAAACUCAUCUUCGUCAACGAUGUCAAGCUGGAGUUUCGCCAGGAAAGGCAGAUGACGUAUGAUGCGGAUAAUCUGCAGGUGUACUCCAUGGGUGUGUAUCUGACCGGGUGGGGGUAUGCGGAUGAGUGGCUGGGGAGUGGGAUGGGGCAGAAUAAAGUUCAGGGCUGUGUGGCGGCCGCGACGGAUGCGAUUAAGAAGAAU